AUGUCGACGUGGUCAGCUGCAUGUCUUCUCAACAGGGAGGAAGACAUUCUCCCACAGGUGCUUUGUUUCAUUUCCAUAGACGAGAUGUAUCACAUCAUGAGGCUUGUGAACAAGAAAUGGAAUGAUUGUAUUUUAAAUUUCCGAGUGAUUCGCUCUCUCUAUGCUUACUCUUUCAGAAGAGGAGGAACAUUCUCCAGUUUGUUGUCGACAUUGAAGAAUAACUCUGAGUUUGACAGUACUGCCACAGAUGAUAGUUCAUUAUCAAAGAACAAACAGGCUGAAAAUUUUAACACCAACACCACCUCAUCAGAGCUGAGCUCAGAUACUGCCUCCAUGGCUUCAUGCGUAGUUUGGGACAAGGAGCAAUUUGAAUGCAUAUUGGGAUGCCUAAAAGGUCACAAAGAAAGAAAGCCACUCAGUAAAACCUUCUCCAACAAUACUUUCACGAUCACAUCAAGGAGAACCCAUUCAGAAAAUUCUUCCGCACCCGUUUUAACUGCAAUGGAUUGUGAAAAACGAGCCACCUUUGUGAUUCAAUUCAUCUUCUCAGUGAUCUAUGAUUACAAAUUUCAACCUCACACUGGCCCCUCCGACAUUGGAGAUAUUUUGAAUCUUCUCAAGGAACGAUUGAGUAAUGCAGGUGACACGAUCCCAUGUUUACUGAACAUGCUGCCAGUCGCUUGCGAGUAUUUUGGCUCCAACAUUUCUCUCCUCAUGUACAAGUUAUUUGAGAGAUUGCUGACUUUGGAUGUUGAGAAUUUUUCACAUUGGUCACUAUAUUUUCCAAACAUGAAAUAUGCAGCUCCAAUUCGCUCUCCAGAGCAUCUUAAUUAUGAGAUUAGAGUGAAAUUGUUCAAUAUGGAACUAGAUUUACUUCUUGAUAUUAUUUCAAGUAUGAUUCUUGGAGGAAUGUCAUCAACAAUAUAUACAGAGUUGCUUCAAUUUGCAUGUUAUUGUUCUCAAUUCAUCAUUCCAACACUGACCAAAAUGGAUCUACCUCUCGCUGCCACUUGCAAGGAGAAGUGUGAAUACAUUCAAAACAUUAUUAUCAAGCAAGAAAAGAAUAGAUACUUUUUAAUGAAUCCAUUUUCACACUUGUCAGAGAAUGUGGAUCAAAACAAGUUAAUUUUCCAGAAUAAUCCUCAUGUGAAGAACUUUUCAGAACUCCAACAAAAUAAUUUGUUGUUAAAUCCACAAUUUACUUACAAAACAUUGUCCCUACAUGUGGCAGCAAUGCUCGACUAUGGGAUGAGACAAUUAUCGAUUUCAGAUUUUUUAAGCGUGAGAGAACCAUACGAAAAACGAUCCAAAGUCUUGUUGAGAAAUUGUUCGUGCUGGAAUAAUUUAUUGAAUUUUCUUACCACUUGUAUUGUACAAGAGAAUGACCUUAACAACAGAGCCAGCAUUUAUGAAAAAAUUGAGCAGGCCAUGUUAUAUAGUUUUGUAUUGAAUGAUUUUUCAUCUGCCAAACUUUUUCAAACUGUUAUCGAAAAUGGAGCAGUUCAUAGAAUGAAACGAACCAUUAACGCACAAAAAAAGAGUAAUGACUAUGAACUGUUGUUGAAAGAUUGCAAAGGCCUAAGUCCUCUCACCAGACAAGUUUCACUCACAGAUUUGGUUUUUUUGUUUGACGGUAGUUCAGAUAUCAGAUAUCACUUGUAUCAUAUUACUCCAACCUUAAGAGAAAUGGGAAGAAUUUAUUUUCGACCAAGCAUAUUGUAUCACUAUUUAGGAGGAUUAGAGAUGAGUAGCAAUGAGGAAGAUGAGAUAGAACACAAAAUUCAAAUCAUUUCAAAGAAGUCCUUGAAGGACAAAUUGAAAUCAAUGUUUAAACAAACAUCUCAGAAUGAAUCCAAUUCAAGGCUCGAUAUUGAAAUAUUGGAGUUUUUGUAUUUUGUGGUUCAACAGAGAAAGAAAAUGAGUGAUGAAGAAAUAUACAAAAUGAGCAUAACUGCCGAGCAACGAGAAGUGAACAAGUAA